CAGACCAGAUGUACCUUCUAUGAAGACAAAAAGAGAGGAUUGAAAUGUAUUCAGAUUAAAAAAAACAAAAUUAUCGGAUUUAAUUCUUUAUAUAUGUGCGCACAAUCAACUAAUACGAUCAUAAUGUGUGUGGGUGUGCACCUGGUUUUGUUCAGAUUAGAACCACUUUGACAUGCAGUUAUCAGAGUUGCCCAAAAACAAAAUAAACUCAGAAGUACAAAAGCUUCUAAUCACCGUUGAAAUGUUACUGGAUACAUAAUAAUUUUAAGGUCUUUUAAUGUUUCAAAUGGAAAGGUUGUCGGGACUCGGGAGCAGAGGCCGUUUUGCUUCAUUGCUACAUUUCCGCCACUCCAAGAGUAAAGCACUCGGUAUUUGGCUUCGGGGGAAUCCAUGGCCAGCCUGGCAUCCAGCUACCGACUGGGCUGCGCAACGGUGAGAGAAAGCGUGCACAUGUUGUGCGGAGCCAUUGAGAAGGUGAUGAAGGAGCAGCUCCUCCCUGCGCCUACAGAAGGAGGCUGGAAGGAGGUGGCCCAGAGGUUCUGGGACAAAUGGAACUUCCCAAACUGCCUGGGAGCGCUGGGUGGGAGGCACGUGGCCAUACAAGCGCCACCGAAUUCAGACAGUCGGGCUCUUAAGGACAAAGCCCCGUCCUCCGUCGUGGUUUUGGCACUCGUCGAUGCCGAUUGCAGGUUUAGGUGUGUUCAGGUGGGGGACUUUGGAAGGGCCAGCGACGGAGGAGUGUUCGCAGGGUCUGAACUGGGUGUAGGGAUGGCAGACGGAAAUCUAAACGUCCCGUCUGACAGAGCUUUGCCCGGCGCUCCUCACCUCGGCGAGGCUCCGUUUGUCAUGGUGGCUGAUGCUGCGUUGCCUCUGAAGACGUACCUGAUGAGGCCGUACCCGGGUCAGCAUCUGUCUCCGGCCAAGAGAACAUUCAACUACAGGCUGUGGAGGGCAAGGAGGGUCCUCGAUAACGCCUUCGCAAUUCUCUCAACUAGGUGGAGGAUCCUCCUUCGACGCACAGUUUUGCACAACUCGGACACCUUAGUGGUUGCAACCUGCAUUCUCCACAACUUUUUGCUGGCUCCAGAUGACAAUCAGAGGUUGCUGGACGAAAAUGAGGAGUCAGGGCAAAACAUGGAGCCGGUGAAGAGUAUGGGAGGGAAUCGGGCUUCCAGGGCCGCGUGCAACGUCAGGGACACGCUCAGCUCUUUUUUUAUGUCGGACGAAGGAAGCCUGCCUUGGCAAAGCAAAAUGAUUUAGUUUGACGCAGGAGUUUUCUUUGCUCCCUUUUGUGCUUGUUCUUUGUAACUACUGUAUUGCUUCAUGAUGGUUUUUUUUGUUUGUUAUUUUUGUUGUUUAAAGUUCUGUUAAGCUGUGUUUCACAGUUAAUACAGUGGUUUUUAAGCACUACAGAGAUUGCUCAGGUUCAAUAUUUGGGAUCAACACAACGUGUCUGAUAUUUAUUAAACAAUU